AUGGACCUUGAUCCCGAUUCAGGUUCAUCGGACAAUGGCCUUGAGGAGAUCGAGAAUUACAUCCCUCACCACACGAAACGACUUAUCUCGGAGGAUGAUAUCCUCCAAAUCAAAAUUUCCGCGACGGCUUGUCAAUUGGACACUUUGAGGGCGGAGAAUCUGGAAUACACGAAGGAACUUCUGGCCUGUAAAGUGCAUCUUGCUUUCUUGAUGAGGAAACCCGGGCUCUUUUUCAACGAAGACCACAUGAGAGCUUGCUACCAGGCGAGAAUCGAGUGGUACGAAAAAAGUAUCUUUGAGGUUCGGGAGAUGAUUGACGAACUGGAGGGCAAGCAAAAGACAUUCAAGGCAGAGUUUUUUGGGGUGUCGCAAUACCUCUCGGGAACAUCAGAUGCGGAUGAAUCGGACCAGGAGCGCGAUUUCAUCGAUCCAGGAUACAACUCAGACGGAGAGGAUCCUUUCGUCAAGGCUGUCAUACAGAGGAGAUCUGAGGACGCUGAAGCGCCUGUGAUCAAGAAAUGGCAAUCCGUGAGGAUCGAUUGA